AGCUGGGCCCGGAUAGGACACACAGCUGGCUCAGGCCUGCAUUCCUCUACAAAACAGGAUUGUGAGAAAAAGGGGGAAAAUAAGACACAAAUAGGAGCAGAACGGGACGUGCCUGGAUGUAAAGGAAUAUGUUUAUCACGGAGAGUGUCUUAGAUUCACAGGGAGCAUCUUCACUUUACAGUGCCACCAUCAGGGAUCAGUGCGACACAGAAGUGACACCACGACAAACCUAUUAAUCCGAGUGACUGUGAGAGGCAGCAGCUUGUGGAGUUUCCUCAUUUUAGGUCCAACGUUUGGGUGGAAAUGUAGAGGGAUAUUUUGUGCUGCAUUUACACCUCAUCACGUUCUAAUUUAACUGGAACUGUCGGGUGAUUUAGAUCCAAUGUUCAGGUCAUAAUUGUUUUAGAAAAUAGUAGGCAGUCGUGGUAUAAAUAUAUAUAUUUGUUGGGAAACUUGCUUUUGACGAUAAAAACACUGUUAAAAAAUCGCUCCUUAUACGUAGAUAAUGUCCGUAUUUCAACUCCAAAAUAUGAGGUGCGUUCCGCCAAAAAUGAUGUUGUGUAUUCAUGUGAGAAACCAACCUGGGAAACGGUAAGUAAUGGCUUGACAGUCCCCAGCAGGCAUCCCGGUUCAGUUUCCUCAUUCCUUCGAACGAUUCCUCAAGGUGGCUUCAGCCAGUCAGCGCUCGCCCGCUUCCCGGCCCAGCCAAUAAGCGCGCGGUGCGAACUCCAGGGGGCGGAUCCCGCCCUGCGCUGUAUAUAAGGGGCCCGCGCGGCGCCCUGUCAGCGCAGUCGCCUUUCACUCUCACCGCUCAAACUUACUCCCACUUCGCUCGUGCCGUCGCCGGUGGUUGGUCAACAUGAAAGCCAUCAGUCCCGUCCGCUCGGUGAGGAGCUGCUACAAGGCCGUGUGCUGCAUCUCGGAGCAGAGCGUCGCCAUCAGCCGGAAUAAGCACUGGUGUGUGGAGGAGCCGCUGGGCGCGCUCUGCGACAUGAACGACUGCUACUCCAAGCUGAAGGAGCUGGUGCCGAGCAUCCCGCAGAACAAGUCGGUGAGCCAGGUGGAGAUCCUGCAGCACGUCAUCGACUACAUCUUCGACCUGCAGAUCGCGCUGGAGGCGGAAAGCGCGAGCCCGCCGGGAGUUGUUUUGUCGAUAAAGACUUCAGACCUGACUCGCAACUUCAAAGAGGAAGGACGGCUGUGCCACUAGGAUUCGAACCGACACCGGUGCAGGGAAACACAUGUCUCCACUUCACUCCGGGCAGGAGGACAAGAGGGGCAGAAAAGGGUGGGAUAGGUCUUUUCUGCAGGAGAAGAUGGAGACGGAGCAGACGGAGAAAUAAACGUGUUUCCCAACAGACUGUGGACCGACGGAGAACAAAGCUUGGACAAAUCAGCGCACCAAAGCAGAAGAUGGGAUUGAAUUAUGAGCAUUUAUCAGCUAUAUAGCGGCGCCACCUUCUGUAUCAUCUCACAGUAAUAUCCACUUUAUAACAAUCUGGAGACGAGGUCAGGUGAACAUGUGUAUAUAGCGGCUGUGUGCGCGGAUGAACAUGCGUGUUGUGUUAGGUCUAAUCCGAACUCUAUACUAGAGUUUAUUUCAAGUGUUUGUGGGGAUCGUUGGAUUUCCACGAACGGACUGCUGCGAGUUUCAUAAACUCUUGUUUUGUUUUGGUUUUUUUUAAUCGUCGCUUUGUACAUGUUCGUUCUUACGAAAUAAAUGAGUUUGAAACAGGAUGUUUUCAGAUGAAUCUUGA